AUGUGCAAUUUCGGUGAUAUAUAUUGUACAUGUUAAGAAACUUAAAGGGUUAUAUACCCAACAUACUUCUCUCGAAUUUUAGUUGUUCCAUAAAUUGUCGCUAUAUGAACAAAAGCAGAACGCUCUCAUGAUGGUUAUAUAUGACGGUGUUGUUUCCCUUUUACACAGUUACUGUGUGCACCCUGACUGCAACCGGCAUCCGGCCGACCAAACAUCAUCCAUUGUGUCGCGGUGGAUGGGGUCAACAAAUUGGCGCAGUGACAGUAUUUAUUCCGAACACAUUAGAAAAAAUUGAUUCAAUAUACAAGAGUAGUGGAUAUGCUUUAGGAUGGUGAUUGUUGUUCCUUGAUUUACUAAUUGCCCAGCUUUUACUGCAUAUCCGGCGCAACACUGCUUAUGUGCAGCGCUGUUCAAGCGCGCCGGUGCACCGUACGUGAAUGCAACAGACGACAAUCUUAAAGAUCCAGCUGAUGUCGUGUUGAUAUACUAUUAAUACUUCCCAUCGUUACUUGGAUGGAUGAUCUACCGCCACAGAUCGCGAUCGUUAAAAUACCGCUUGUUGAUAACACUUGUCAUACUGAUGUUGCGUUUCCCAUUUUCAUAACUAUUUCGUGAUUAGACCAUGAUCAUAUCCAGUAGAACGCUAUAACGGCCCAUAAAUCUCCAUAUUGCUGCAGCUUUAAGCCGUCCACUCGCCGGCGCGGUGACUCCAUAAAUCGUUCGAUGGAGUUGGUUAGAAGUGUCCCAGUUUGUCCAAUUUCUUACGCAAUAAUUCUCAACAUCAUCUAAUUAUGACAAAUCUGACGGCAAAUUUCACAUGUCCUAAUGGAAACGGUGAUUUUUCCAAUAUGUCAUUCUGUGAUUUUUUUCCGGAACAGUGCGGUCCCGAUCGGCCUUACAUCAAAAUCCCGAUGUGGGAAUUGUUCAUCAAAUUAGCAUUUUACCUCUUGGUUUUUGCCGCCUCGUUUUUUGGCAACGUUAUUGUGAUCCUUGUUGUGUAUCUAUACCGGCAGAAAAUGCAGAGUAGUGCGUACAUAUACUUACUGAAUCUCAGCGUGGCGGGACUUAUUAUUGCACUUGGAUGUAUGUGGCCGUACUUUAUGGUCAGCAUUGCCCAUGAGUACCCUUUGGGAUCCGCCAUGUGUAAAAUUCAUCCGUUCUUGCAGUUGACAUCUAUGGUGGCAUCCGUACUGACAUUAGCCCUGAUUUCCCUGGACCAGUUUGUGGCCGUUGCGUUUCCGUUACAUGCUCGCUUUACGACUAGCCUACGCCCAGUAUGGGUAAUCAUUGGCAUAUGGAUCAUUUCCGCGGGCGUCUCCGUCCCGCUGCUGGUACAUAAGGAACACAUUGUGUAUCGAUUUUCGGAUUUCUCCAGCAAGACUUGCAUUGAAGCUUGGCCCUCUGUCCAAAUCUUUGAUCCGUACCUGGCGACAUGUUUCAAGCACGAACCAUCCAAGACAACUUAUUACACUUUUAUUACCGCUGCACUAUUCUUUUUUCCCAUUGGUGUGAUGAUUGUGGCGUACAGUGUUAUUAUGGCGAAAGUAUGGUCGUCCCAUGUCCCUGGUGACCUUCAAGAGCACAAUACCGUCCUUCAUGCUAGAUCCAAGUCAAAGGUAAUUAUCGUUAAGCUUGUGGCUGCAGUGUUAUUCGGAUUCCUUGCUUGUUGGAUGCCAUUGCAAGUUCUGAUACUUUACAGCAGUUUUAAACCAUCAGAUUUGUUCUCAAUGCCCGAAUGGUACAACCAAUUCGGCUAUUUUGCCCAUUUCAUUGCAUACGCCAACAGUGCAAUAAAUCCGUUAAUCUACUGUUUCUUGAAUAGUAAAUUUCGUCAAGGCUUUCUCUAUGUACUUACCUGUCAGAAAAAUCGCCGCCGGCGCAGUCUACAAGAGGGUGCCACUACAGAAAUUGCACUUAUGAGGACGGAAAACAAUUCGCGAAAGGGCUCCAAAGCCGUCAGCUUCCGUAUUUCCAACCAAUCCAGCUUUAAUUAUGAGGAUAAUCAUCUGGCAUCACGACGGGAAUCAUUAGAUGUUCAGGUGGUGCGUCUUACGGUUAUGGAUAACGAUGAGAAAUUGUGACGAUGGAAGUAUGUAUAUGCACCGCCAUUGGGGAGACUAUUAUUGCCGUGUAUUACAGAAUGUUUUCCGACAAUUAUACACGUCGCUGACGUCAUCGCGGUCUUUGUAUCCGAGUGCUAAUUAAUGCACUGUCGAGUGGGUACUGAAUACUGACAAGAGACCUGUUGUCAAUCCAUCAUCGCGAUGAUGUUCACUCGUUAUAUAUUUUUAAUACAUACUUUCCACUGGAACAUUUCUUCGACCAUUAAAAAAAUACGAGUAUUUCAUUCGCAUUCGUGUUAAUAGUACCUGUUUGUUUAAUUAUAGUAUUUUGAUUUCUAUGUUUGUGACUUUG